GCGGCAGAGACGGAGCUUCCUGCGCGACCCCCGGGGGCCGGCAGCGGCCGGGAGGCGGCGCGGGGCUCGGCCUGUCUGCCCCGCAGCUCCACGCUACCGGCGGCGAGGACGCGGGCUCGGGAGGCCCCGGAGCGUCGGAGUCCAUGGCAGGCAGCGAUGUGGACAGCGAAGGGCCGGCUCGGAGGGGCGGCGCGCCGCGGCAUCCGGGAGCCCCCAGCGGGCCAAGGGGCGAGGCGGCCGCCGGCUGCCCGGAGCCGCUGUCCACUGCUGAAGCACUGCCCGCCUGGAUGCGCCUCUACUUCUACGGCAUGCACGGUAUCACCCUGGACGUGCUGCUGUCCUCGGCGCGGCGCUUCGCUCGCAGCCCCGACCUGCGGAUGCUCGGCUUCUCCUCGCCCUACCGCUGCCUCUUGCACUCGCUCACGCACUUCGCACUGGAGAAGGUCUACCUGCAGCAGCCGCGCUGCCCCAGCGCCUUCGUCUUCAAUUUCCUCCUCUACCCCUCGGCCCACGUGGGGCUGCAGACCCUGGCGGGUCAGGCGCUGCUGCUGAGCCUGGGCGGCGGGCCGGGGGGCGCGGCGGCUCCGGGGGCGCUGGAGCUGGCGCUGCAGUACGUGCUGGCGCUCUACCACUGCCAAGUGUUCCUCAAGCGUUUCCUGCGCUUGCGGUACGGGCGGCAGCGGCGGCGCCAGCAGCAGCCACAGCCUCGGAAGGGCGCGCUCCCCGCCGCCCCCGGCGCCCGGGCCCCUGCUGCAGCCGCUGGCAGGCGGCCACCGACCCGAGGCCCCCCGGGUGCAGGAGGCGGCCCCCGCCAGGGGCUGCCGGACCCGCUCCGCUUUCUGUUCUUCGGAAUGCACGGCUUUCUGGAUGAGAUCUUCUUCACCUUCUUCUUCAACGUGCUGGGGCAGGGGGACAAGGCGACCACCGGCCACACGUCGCUCUGGUCUUUCCUCAUGUACGGCAGCUGCAGUUUCGUGGUGGAGAAGCUCUACUUCUACCUCUACUACAGCCGCGGUUGGGGCACGUGGAAGCGGGUGCCCAUCUACGUGAUCUUCAUCUACGCGUGGGAACUGUCCUGGGGGCUGGGGCUUCGCAUGUGCGGGGCUUGUUCUUGGGACUACUCUCACUACCCACUCAACUUCAUGGGCCUCAUUACCCUGAUGUAUUUGCCUGGUUGGAUAUUCCUUAGUGUGUACCAGGACCUGCUUUCCAACGUGUUGUGGAGGGUGCAGUACGUCCCAGCUGAGACACCACCUCCCACCCCGACCCCCCAAAAAAGUAACGCACUGGAUUCUCGAGACUGAAUGUGAUUUAUUUUUACACUUUUAAAACAGAGUGGUAUUUUUAGUCUUUUAAUUUUUAUACACUUUACUAAACUCUUCCAGUGUUGUAUUCGACCUUUUCGUUUUUCUACUUGAGACCUAUCUAUAAUACAAUAUUUUGAAGUAUUACUCGAAAAAAUAACCCAAAGUACUUAACUCAUCAAUAUUAUAUUAUAAAACCUUUAAAAGCCCAAACAGCAAAACCAUUAUACCUUAACAUCAGAAAACUGUACUGUUCACAUAUCUGGAUGUAGAUGGAUGAUAAGUAAUUCUCUGGCUUUUUUUUUUUUUUUUUAAGUAAGGCAAUUGUUAAAAUCAAAGACCAGUGUGGCUUCUUGUUUACAAAAUUUAGAGAAAUUUUCGGAUCUACUGAUUUACCACUUAAUCCAGUUUUAUUUUAAUUCCUCUCCAUAUUACCAGUGGUUCCUGAAACCCAAUGUCUUGUUCUGCUGAAGCUAGUUAGUAGCUCUUAAAGUGCCUCCUCUAAUACGCAAGUGAAAAGAAGCUGACAGAUGAGAAGACAUCCUGCCAAUAGAUUUUUUAAGUGAGGAAUCUUUUCUAGCAACUCAGGUGACACUGUGUUAAGAUGUUGGAUCGAGAUCCCAGAAGUGAUUGCUUUCCAAUAUUGGUUAGCCUUAAGCAGGAAGUGUGUUCAUGUUGAUCAGAUCCUGAGUAACUGUAAACAUUUGUUACUGUACAAUGAUGUGAAAUGUGCACCCUACAUAUCCAAGGGCCAAGUGAUGUUACACCACCUUUAGCAAUGUUCUAACCCUAAACCUUUUCUACACAGGGCUUCAAGUAUAUAAACAGUAGGUUGGAAUAAAGUGAAACUGAAUGUUCAUUCUGAUUAAAUUAGGCCUCAUUGAUUUCUGUGAAGACAAAAAUAAAUGUUCAGGGAAUUUCUGCAGUGA